AUGUCCGGAGCAGAGGUUUUCAGUGCAUUAGGCACCCCUGCACGAACGGCUGCACGGGUUCUCCUCGCACCACGAUAUGCUGUUAAUGGCUUCCAGCCUCUCCGAGGGUGGGUGGACAACGAAUAUGCACGCGCGCGAUACGGGCCGCGGUACAUGUGGCGUAUAUGGCUUCUUUUUGAUUGCAAAGACCUCGAAGUGCUGGAGAAUUUGAUCAACAACGGACAAGACGAGCAGGUACUUGAGAUGCGGGAUGCGAAGUUGAAGCAAUUCAAGCUAGUCACGUUGGUGGGCGCCCUCUUAGCAACUUUAGCUCUUCAGGCACUCUCCCUCCCUGCCCUAGAGGAGACCAUAUUCGUCGCACGCGCAAGCUUCAUCGUUAGCACUAUGCUCUCCCUGCUCGCCACAUUCUUCACCCUCAUCCAACAACGCGAAGUUGGCGUCAUCCGCGAUGCGAGAUCCUUUCGGAGAUGGCUCUCCAAUGGCGUCCAGUACUAUAACGCCCGAGAGCGCCUUGUAUGGCAGAGCUCUCUGACGUCCCUAACGUUAGUGGAAGCUCCUUACGAACUGAUAAGCUUAGCUGUAGCGAGCUUCGUAGCAGGCAUGUCAGCAUAUGUGUGGGAUGUUUGGAAGGACGGACUAAAAGCUCAGAAAGAGCAGGGUCUGGAGGGUGUAGCAGUGGUAGUGUACUUUGCUGUUGCGACAGGGUUUGCAUUUACAAUGUUUCCAGUGUUAUUGGGACUAAAGGACCGAGAGGAGAGUGUGUAUUAUAAGAAUACAGAGAUGUAG